CCUCCAUGCGUAGUUUGGUCAAAGGGGAUUUUUCUUAAUUUUUUUAACUAAGUAAAUUUAUUUUCGAAAUUUUGAAUAUGUGCUUUAUUCGAUUAAUUGAUCCAAUCUCUUACAUAUGAGUGCAUGUGUAUCCAAUGAAUUCUAAAAUCACAAUACUUCUUUUGUUGCUGGCCUGCGGCUCUGUGAAAGCUAAUAACGGCGUCUUCGAAUCAUCCUACCGAUUGGGUGAUGAUGCGGUACCCGACGCCUAUGACAUUUGGUUAAAGCCAUACCUGCUGGCUACAGAUGGAACGCGUCGCUUCACUUUCGAUGGCGAAGUCAAUAUAACGUUACACUCCACGCGCACAAGUAUAAGCGAAAUUACUUUGCAUAAAAACCUAAUUGAGAUCAAUGGCGCUUGGCUUUAUAACAACAGCAUUGUCGGUGGUGGGCUUAUAAAGUCGUUCGACAACGAUGAUUUAACCUACAAUGAGACAACUCAUAAACUAACAGUGCAUUUGGGGGAUCAACAAAUAUCGAACAACAACUAUACGCUGCGCUUCAAGUACAUUGGGCAGAUACGUGAUGGUCUGCAGGGAUUUUUCCGUGCUAAUUACACCGAUAGCUCCGGCAAUGAAAAAUGGAUCGGAUUAACGCAGUCCCAGCGUAUCGAUGCACGCACUAUAUUUCCAUGUUUUGACGAACCAGCCUUUAAGGCUACGUUCCGCUUACAACUAAGUCGACCAACCCAAUACAAUGUAGUUUUCAAUAGCAAAUUGUUGGAUAGUAUACCAGACGGUGACGACCGUGCCCUAGAUCGUUUUGCUGCGACGCCGCCCAUGUCUACCUACUUGUUUGCAUUUAUCGUUUCUGAAUUCGCAAAACGUGGAAGUGAAGAUCUUAAGAUUAUUACUCGCGCGGAAUAUAUAAAUAAAACCGAUUUCGCUUAUCAGGUUUCAGAACAAGCGAUCAAAGCUUAUGAUGAAUACACACAGCUCCCCUACAAGCAAUUGGGGCUAACUAUUAUGCAAAAAGCGGGUUCACCUAAAUUUCCAUAUAAUGGCAUGGAGAAUUGGGGUUUGGUUAUUUAUAGUGACGAUGUGCUGGUAAACGAACCAGGAUACACCGAUGGCUGGUCAAAUAAGGAGUACACUAUCAGCAUAAUCGUGCAUGAAACCGCCCAUAUGUGGUUCGGCGACAGCGUCACAUUUGCCUGGUGGAGUUAUUUUUGGCUAAAUGAGGCGUUCGCACGCUACUAACAGUACUUUAUGGCACACAAGCUCUAUCCGGAAUAUCUGUUAGAUCAACAAUUCGUUGUAAAUCAAAUACAUUUGAUCUUUGGCAUCGACGCAGUCAAUAGUACCCAGCCGAUGACUAGCCCAGAGACAGAAAUACAAAAUCCAAUAGAAAUCGGUUAUAAAUUUAGUAGUAUAGCUUAUGCUAAAGGCGCGUCUAUAUUGCGUAUGAUUGCUAACUUGAUGGGUGUCGACAACUUCGAUACAGCCAUUCGUGCUUAUUUAAAGGAAUUCCAUUUGAAAAACACUGUUCCGGAUGAUUUUUUCAAGCAUUUAAAACGUUACUGGCCUUCCACACCGUCUGUGGAUUUGGAUCAGUUCUUUUACGAUUGGACCUCGCAGGCCGGGUUUCCGGCGCUUUUUGUAAAUGUCACUGCUGAGCACACCAUUAAACUUGCUCAAAGGAGAUUCUUGCUUGAUUCAAGUGAUGGUAGUGACAGCACGCUCUCCUACAUCAUUCCCAUCACCUAUGCCUCGGACACAGAUCCAAAUUUCGAUGAUCUCACUGCCCGAUUUUACUUAUCGAGGAACAGCGAAAUGACUUUCCACACCGAGAAACCGAACAAGUGGAUCAUAUUUAAUUUGCAGCAAUCCAACUAUUAUCGCGUUUUCUACGACAACACGACGCUACUGCAAAUUCAAAAGGCUUUGUUAGCGGCGCAACAUAGUGGCAUACCGUCCACUAAUCGCGCGCAGCUAGUUGACGAUUUAUUUAAUUUUGCGCGGGUCGCUAUGCUGGACUACGAUAGGGUGUUUGAAUUUAUGGAAUAUUUAGCGCAUGAGACCGAAUACUUACCGUGGAAUGCGAUGUUCUCGAAUUUGCCGCGUGUCUCACAGCGACUAACGGUGCAGCAGCACAAACACUUGAUCAGCUAUUUAAGUGACAUUAUGGCCAAAGUGUACAAGCAUUUGGGCUUCGGACGCUCCAAUGACACCGUUCUCGAUAUUUACAAUCGCAACAAGGUCAUCAGCUGGGCGUGCAUGUAUCAUUUAUUCGAUUGCGGAAAGCAAGCGCAGCAGGUGUUUGACGCAUUUAAAACGGCCGGCAACAAGCCGACCCCAGAUUUUCGUGAAACCCUCUACUGCAGUGCCGCUCGAGAUGGCACUAUGUCUUAUUAUAAAACACUGAACGAUUGGUUCGACAACGAGAAAUUGCCCAGUGAGAAGCAAAAGCUGAUACGAGCCAUGGGAUGUACGCGAUUUUUCUAUGAAUUGCAUUACGUUAAGAUUCUGAGUGGGAACUUAACUAGCGAAUAUGCAGUUAUUGGUAUUACACCAAUGUAUGCUCAGAAUCCAGAAAAUGUGGAUGUCGUAUUCGCGCUGAUCAGUAAUACUAUAGAAAAAUUAGCAGAAAGAAUUGGAGGUUGGUCAAAUGCUGCAAAUGUCAUCAGUGAGAUUACAAACUAUUUUACCACACUGGAGCAGAAGAAAAAGCUGGAUGAUUUCGUUGCAAAUAAAGGGGAUCUGUUUGGUGGCUCCGUCUCAAAAUUGCUCGAUGCCGUUAAGACGGUGGAAAUGAACUUAAAGUGGGCUGAGGAUCGUUUACCAAAAUUGUUACACUACUUGGAAAGUCGUAAUGCUGCCGGGAUAAGUAGCUUAGCAGCAGUUUUGAUAAUUGUUGUUAGUGUUAUUCACGCACUUUUAAAGUAGGAUUUCUAAAAAUUGAUAUUUAGGAUUAUCACUGGGUCAAUGUACAGUUAUAUUAAGUAAUCAACUAUUAUAAAACGAAAAAAAAAACUAAUUAAAAAAAAUCUAAUUAUAAUAACAUAUGUAUGACACAAAAACGAAAGCAUACAUUACCUAAAGAGUAUAUUUAUUGCAACCAAAAAUUGUUUUAUUAAUUUUAGGUUCACACUAUGUUAAAGCAUGUGCCUUAUUUUAAUUGAGCUCCGUUUAUCAACCAUUAAAGGGCUAGAUUAAUAAAUUGUACAAUUAGUUCCUCAAUUGAGUAUAAAAGUAUGUUCAGACAGGCCGCUAAUUGAGCAAUUAGCCAAGCUUUCUCCAUUAAGGCGCUGAACUAGAGCGAUUUACCAUACAAAAUUUCAAUUCUUAAUGGCUCCAUUAGUACUUAAUUGAGUGAUAAUUGAAUGAAUUUUUUAAUG